AUGAAAAUGAACCACACCAUCAUGGGCAAAUGCUGCUGUGGCUGGGGACAGGCGGCAAGUGCUCCUUUUUGCACACCCUUGCCGAAGCCCUCGGUACAACCCCCGGAAAAACCUCUUUUUGUGAACCUGACCUUCAAGCUGAGCCAAGCCUACCGCGCCAGCCAUCGCCGGUCGGCGAAGCACCAAGCGUCGUCACUCGAUGGCUGCUGUCAAGACGGGGCUGCCGCCACCACUUUCCUGGUCCUGUCAAACGCGCUGAUCGAAAUCGGUGAGCUGAAACAUAUCGUUGUUCGAGGCAAAGACGAGACACAUGAGAAGAUAGAGGGGGCACGUUCCACAUCUGCAACCGACUCAACAGCUGGAGACAAAGGUGGGACAAAGGACAUCAGAGAAGAGGCGUCUUCCAAGUGUGCAGCCGCCUCAGCAUCGGGAGGCAAAGGUCGCACGCAGGACAACCGAGAGGAGGCGUCUUCCAAGGACGAAACCGCCUCAACUACAGGAAGCAAAGGUGGCACGCAGGGCAAUAGAGGGGAGGCUUGUUCCAAAUGUGUAGCCGUCUCAACCGCAGGAGGCAAAGGUGGCACUCAGGACAGCAGUGAGGAGAUGUGUUCCAAAUGUGCAGCCGUCUCAACCGCAGGAGUCAAAGGAGGCAGUCAGGCCAACAGAGAGGAGACGUGUUCCAAAUGUGCAGCCGUCUCAACCGCAGGAGGCAAACGUGGCACGCAGGACAACCGAGAUGAGGCAUGUUCCAAAUGUCUAGCUGUCUCAACCGCAGGAGGAAAAAGUACCAUGCAGGGCAUCAGAGAGGAGGCAUCUUCCAAACGUGCAGCCGACUCAACCUCAGGAUGCAAUAGUACAGUUGACAGCAGAAAGGAGGCUUGCUGCAUAAGUGCAACCACCUCAACAGCAGGAAGCGAAGGGGGGACAAAAGACAUCAGACAGGAACCGUGUCCCAAAUGUGCAGCCGACUCAACCGCAGGAGGCAAAGGCUGGAAUGGAAACACAGAGGAAGGCUGUUCCAAAUGUGCCACUGCCGCAACCGUAGGAGGCAAAAGCGGAACCCAAGACAACAGAGAGGAGGCGUGUUCCAAAUGCGCGACCACCUCAACUGCAGGAGGCAAAGGUGUGACGCAGGACAACAAAAGCGAGGCGUGUUCCAUAAGCGCAGCCGACUUAACCUCAGCAGCCAAAGGCAGGACGCUAGACAAGGUUGCUGGGAGGGACCACGCGGAGACGCCAUACGUAGCCAGUGCAACAGAAGCUGUCACGGAGUCUGGCGCAGCCGUGGCAAUUGUUUCAACAGAGCCUGGAAUUUCCAUAGUUGCAGCGGGAUAUGAAGAUGUGGAAAUGGAAUCAGUUACCGAGCCGGACGUCCAUAUGGAAACCUUGACUGAGCCCGACGUCAUAAUGGUGUCACUGUCGGAUCCUGACGCGACCAUGCGGUCAGUUUCAAAGGAAGGUGCCGCAGUUAUGCCCAGCGUGUUGAUACCCUUCAGUGCUCCCAGUUUCCAACCCCCGCCAUCCUCGAGUUUAGCAGCACCCUCCCAGCCACAACCUCCGGCUGUUCCAUCAACCCAGAAUGUGUUACUACCCGUUAAUGGGCCUACUUUUCAACCCCAACCAUCCUUAGGUUUCGCAGCAACAUCCCAGCCACAACCUUCUCCGGCUGUUCCAUCACCACAGAAUAUGUUGAUCCCCUUCACUGCGCCUAGUUUCCAGCCACAGACAUCCUCAGGUUUAGCAGCACCCUCUCUGCCACAACCUUGUUCGGCUGUUCCACCACCACAGAAUGUGUUGAUCCCCGUUAAUGCACCUGCUUUCCAAGCCCAUCCAUCCUCCGGCUUGGCAGGAUCCUCGCAGCCACAACCUUUAGUUAGCCCUGUUAGUCAACAAUCGCCGUUGGCAGCACUCACACCACCGGUAAGGCUGAAGUGGGUCGAUGAACUGGACAAGGUGCAGCAAGGACGGCCUGGAUCGUAG